GAAAGGGGGGAAAAACACUCUUGGUAGUCUUUCCACAAGAACAACAAAAGAGUUGCUAAAAACAGCAUGAAAAGCUUGAAAUUCUUGGCAGCGGAGGGUUUCGUUCAAAGUGGCCCAUGUGCUGUUAGGAAUCUCAGUUGCUUGUCUUAUAAUCUCUACCCAAUCCUGUUUAAGGCCAGCUACCUGCUGGAAGAGGCAGAUAUGCUUCAUGACUUGGUCAAGACGUGGCCUCUCGCUGAGCUCAAUCUGCGGAAGUUACUGGGAAAAACUCCAGACUGCCAGACGGAUCUCACCUCGCACACCUGCAGCCUCUGUCUCAAAGCCCUGUUGACGGGACUGAAGGACUACGUUCUUAAUGAAGCAACCACAUAUGCCAAAGUCCUGAGGGUGGUGGAUCUGACUGGACUGCAGGAUAUUGAGCACCAGGCGUGUCCUUGCAGAAACUCGCUGGGGCGCUGGGGUCGUACCGAACUGCUCACACGUAUGUGCUACGAGACAAUGGUGGCCAUGCAGGCAGAUCAGGCAGCAGCAUCAGCCUGGGAGGUGGAAGUGAACGUCCGGCUCAAUGCAUUUGUAACAGGACGAAGCUAUGAGAUGGUGACUCAGGCUCUAAUCUUGCUCAGGUACUGCCCGUUAAAACUGCGCUGUGUGGGUUUGCGUGUGGACUCACUUCCUCUGAAAAACCUAUUCUAUUUGCUGCGCCUUGUCAACACUGAAGGCCUACACAAGUUGGAGGUUGUGCAUAAUGUUCAUCUGGAGGCUCCACAUCUGGAGGUGAUGCUGUCCCAGCUUCAUUUUCCUCACCUGCGCUCGCUCACGUUACCAGCGCAGGCACUGGAUGUGCGCAGACUGACUCAGGGUGAUGAGGACCUACUGACAGUGCUGGGAGAGCUGAUGAGCAAGAUGAGUGAGCUGAGAGAGCUCUACCUGGGCUUCUCAACCCUUACAGGACAACUGAGACGACUGCUCAGUCCUCUGAGGACUCCACUGCAGUGUAUAGAGCUGGCUAACUGUUGCCUCAGCACUGUGGACAUGGCUUACCUGGCGAACAGCCUGCACAGCGAGUUCCUAGUAAAACUGGAUCUUAGUGGCCAUGUGGUGGCUGAUCUCUUCCCCAACACCUUCCGCAAACUGCUGCAUCGCUGCUCAGCUACUCUCAGCAGUCUGGGUUUGGAGGAGUGUGGCCUGUCAGAUGAGAACCUGGACCUCUUCACUCAGUCACUGAGACCUUGCAAUGCCAUAGAAGAGCUUAAGAUUCUGGGUAACCCACUGAGCACAGCAGCCCUGCGCCAACUCUUUAACAUUCUGGCACAAGGCUAUCCAGCUCUAAGGUAUAUAGAGCUGCCAGUACCUCGUGACUGCUACUCUGAUGAUGUAACUUACCCGCUGGAUGAUUCUGCACUGCUGAGUUACGAUCGAGAGAAGUUCCACCAAGCCAGGAGCGAACUGACGGCCAUUCUCGAACAAGCUGGGAAAGGACACAUCGAAGUAUGCACACCGCUGCUUGGCGUCUAUGAUCCGGACAUCCAUGAGACAAGCAACGAGCUAGGGGUUUCUAUGGUGCACUCCUUUAAUACAGUCAUAGGGAACUUCAUACACACUGUGACGAGCGUGACUGAACGGAGGGAACAGAGCCUAAAUGAGUGAGAUCGCAGAACAGAGGUGGUUUGUUUUCCUAUUCAAAAUACAGGAAGAGACAAUUCCCAUAUUGAGUGCAAGGAGGAGAAAAAUACGGCCGGAAUCGUGCAAUAGAACUAGAUUUAGAUCAUCUACUCAUUCACUGGUUAUGUAAUUAUGUAGAGUGAAAAUAUCUUGAAAGUAUCCUUGGUGUUUCACCUAGCUGUUUAUAGAACCUAUUACAUACACUGACGAGUCAACACUGUUAACGUGAAAUUCCAGACAUGCUAAGAGGUGGGAAAUUAGCCUAUAUAUGUACACACACACACACACACACACACACACACAUUAGCAGAAAUACUUUCAAAUGGCAUGGAUAUACUAGGACUUUAAACACAUCUUUUCACUUUUAUUCAAUAACAGGUACUUUAGCUGUAAAAGCAGUCUUCCUGUGUUGUAGGAAAUGAUCAGACUGUAAAUCUGUAAAAGCUGGCACCUUCGCAUAAGUAACCAGCCUUUCCAAUACCAGUAUAAUGGCUUAAAACUCUACUCAGGGGAUGAAGACAGUCCAAGUAGAUGCACUUAUUUUUGAAAGAAAAACCAGACCACGUGAAAUUUUCAACUCAUGUCCAGUUAAUUAGUUAUAUUUAAAUGCACAAGUUUAGGAUAUCGGGGUGUUUUUUUUUUUUUUUUUUUUAAAGCAUUCGGUCCUAUGUAAAUGCUGGGCUUUUAAGCAGUCGAUUCAUUUACAGUUUAUCCUAACUGAAGAAAUCUGUGGUGAAAUGUUA